CUGGUCAAGUGUAGCUAGCUCGCCCAGUCUAGUGCACGUCGUCUAGUGCCAGCGUGAAAUAUACUGCACAUAAUGUACAUGUAUACAUGUACACUGUAAUCUUUACCAAAGAUUAUAUAGCGGCGCAAGAUGGGUAAUUUGGCCAUUAAGGUGUUAUCACCAUGAGCGCCAUUCGAUUGUGAAAGUUGAUGUGUGUGUGUGUGUGCGUUCCUGUCGGGGCGCCUGCGCCUGCGUAUUAACAUGCACUGCGCAGGCGUAGUCCAACCAGAAUGGCGCCUAUGUGAUAACAACGGUUUACGCGUAUUCACGGUGAAGUUCCCCAUCUUGCGCCGCUAGGCGGCGCUAGCGCUAUACGAUCUUUGAUCUUUACUAGUUCAGCUGCUCUUUUAGCCGUUCCACUGCACGAAGAAUAUUUGAACCUCGAUAAUGACAUUCAGUAAGCAAGGAUCAUUGGUGUUGCGUAAAUUCAUGUAUGGUCGAAGAUGCUUUACUAGUACUACACCAUCGGAAGUCAAGAGAGUGUCUCGAUUUGCUUCUCUUGAUGCUAAGAUUGAGAGAGUUUUACCAGCGAAGUGGCAACCAAUAUGGAAUCAUCCAGCGGGUCUGAAAACAAUCCAUUUCUGGGCACCAAUGUUUAAAUGGUGCUUGGUGAUAGCAGGCCUGUCAGACUAUGCCAGACCACCUGAGAAGUUAAGUGUGUCCCAGUCAGCUGCCUUGGCUGCUACAGGCAUGAUAUGGUCUCGCUAUUCCAUGGUAGUCAUCCCUAAAAACUGGAACCUGUUCAGUGUCAACAUCUUCUUGGCUUUUACUGGCUUGAUGCAGCUGGCAAGGAUUUACAUGUAUCGUCAAAGUAAGAGGAGUGAAUUGGACGCUGUACUUUAAUGCCCCAGGCCAGAUUUUCAAAAAUGAUGGGCUCUUUUUUUUGUUAGUUUUUAAUAAGCAUACUGUUGCAGUUGAGAUUUUUAGCUGCUUCCGUGUACUGCCAAAGAAGCUAUUGCUUUCAUCAUUUGGGUAACUUGGCUAUCUUUGAUUCUCCUCAUAGUUACACCAAGCACAGACCUUAAGGCAAAGAUAAAAUUUAAAUAAUUACAUCAUGAUUAUGUCAUCAAGUGAUUUGUUAUUAGAUUUUGAAUAUUUAAAUAUUAUGUUAAAUUUUUAAAAAUUCAUGUAAAAUCAGCCAUGGCUUUAAUUUGUCUUGUGUGGGUAAAAUCACAUGACCCUUCUUUCCGGUUAAAAUCGGAAGUCAGCUUAUUGUUUAAAACUGGUAACAGGUAUCAAAUUGCUUUCAACGGUGUUAGUCUCUAGGGGUAUUGUACUCUUCAAAACGUCCACUGAUGACGUCAUGCAAUUGUCGAGUGCCCUCUAGCUGAUGAUGUCUGUGGUGAAGUUUGUCCGAAUCGCCUCAAAACUGAUGUAGACAAUUAUCUUUUAAUACCCAGUUAGCACAUGUGAAAUUUUAGGCCGAUGACGUCAUCACACUGGAAGUUAUGAUGAAAAGUCCUUUUAUUCUUCAAAAUUCGGUAAAAAAUCAACCGCAACAGAUUUAAGCGUGAAUCGUUCAUUAGAUUAUAGCUAAAACAUUGAAGGCAACUGCACUUUUUCACACAGAUGAAGCACCGACGACAUUCACAAUAUUUGCGAACUCAAAAAUCCCAUUCGCAUACUGGGCAUUGGCUAUUGUGUGCAUGGAUGCGUAAUAUGUGCCUGUAACAUAGGCAGUGCAUAGUAUGUAAGAUUAUACUCAAGAGUUGGCAAAUUGCUAAGCACAUGGUGCUGAGAGCAGAUCACAUUGUAUGGAACACCAAGAGGGGCAAAUGUGUCUCUAAUAUGUGCUCUUUCAGCGAUAACAAUAAUGUUUUGUAAAUUGUAUCUUGUAUUGUACUUGUCUGAUUGGGUGGAAACCUUGCAGAUGGUUAGAAAGGGAAGGUUUAUAAACGGAGAUUGACCUUGUGAUGACAAUAUCAUCAGCCGACGAGUCGCGUGACAGUAAAGGGGCACUUCUGAAAGUGCUAUAUCUCAUGAAGUACAUUUUUGAUUGGGUUCAAAACCUUGUAGACAUCUUGAAAGAGGGCUUUAGACGAAUGGUGCCAGUAUGUGACAAGUCACAGUUUUCAAAACAUUAGUUCUCCUGAAGCACAAGUCUUUUGGGGUUAAAACCUGUAUGUGUAAGUAUAUGAAUACGUAUAUUUUAAAGAAAUUGACAAUAUGCCAACAUGGCACUUUCCUUCAGAAAAACAAAAGGGCGGUCCACUGAAAUCGCUUCAGUACAUGUACAGUGUUUAAUUUUUUUCUGUUGUCACACCAUUUCAAUUGUAUAAUUUGUACAAUAGAAAUCAAGUCAUGAACAUAGUUGGGCUAAGAGUAUUUGAAUUUGUUAUACAUGUAAGCUUUGAUGAAUUUUAUCUUCAACGAAUAUUCUCAGUAUGUUUAAAUGUAGUGGCCUAACUUGAAGUGAAAUGGUUUAUAAGUAUGUUUUUUCCCAUUAGCACUUGCAUUCGUUUGAAUUUUAAUUUCAGAAUUGGUGAAGUGGAAUCAAAAAAGAAAAUCAAACUGCACGGAAACCAUUUAGGAGUCUAGUCCAACAUCAUUAAUAAGAGGUCCGUACAAUUUUAUAAAUAACCUUGCUGUAAAAAGAUCCUUGUAAUUGUCAGGAAUGAAGCAAUAACAAAUGAUUGAGACCUACCGGUAAACAGAAACACCUUUUUAUAUUCAUAUUGUUGCAUUAGCAGUGCUCCUAUUAUUAUCGAAGUUUGACUGUAUACAUAUGAAUACUUUCAAGUUAAAUAAAUUAUCAUGAACAAAUUCGUAUU